AUGCAACAAGAGAAUUAAAUUACAGCAAAAGAAAUAACAAAUUCAAGGGAAGAUGGAAAAGCUCCAUCCAAUUCUUAGGCAAAAAACAAUUAAUUUUUUAUAAAAAACAUAUAAUCCAAGACAUAGUCGUAGCGAUAUUCGAGAGAAAUUGAAUUAAUUAAUGGAGAAGUUAUUUCUUUGAAUGGCUUUUCCUCUAAAGACUAGCUAGAUAACACCUUAAAUUUCAACUUAAUGACAAUAAAAAAUUUCAUAUUAGUGAUAAUCUCUAACUACUUCAUGAGAAUAGGAAACGUUCUAUCGUUGAUUACUUACCUCAUUAUUGUUUUAAGUCCUAGUUAUAGCAUGGAAGAAACAAAUAGGAUCUCCUUUUAGUAGGAGAGCUACCAUUUAAUGUAUUUAUUGACAAUUUUAAUGACCUUUAUAGGCUAAACUCUUAUGGAAGGAUAUUUUGAUUAUUUAAGAUAUAAGAGGUCUUCUGAAUUAAAUAAUAACCCUGCUACUAUACUCGAGAGAUUUACAAAUUUUAAUUACUUUUUGAAACAAAGCAAUAAGCAAGAAAGUAUUUCGAUUUACAAAUAAAUUAAAACUAAAGACGUUCAAGUUGGUGAUAUAGUUUUUGUUCGCAAAAAUGAAAUUUUCCCAGCAGAUAUAAUUAUUUUGGACAUCUACAACAGCUAUUGUUCAUCUAACAAUUCUUAUAGCUGCGGAAAAACCACUUAAAAUAAAAUCUAUCCGAUUCCAAUUACUCAAAUACCAAAAUUCUCAAAAAUUAAGGGAAAUCACUUUGAAUAUAAAAAAAUUUUGACAGGCAAAAUAGAAUAUGUCAGCUCUGCUGAAAGAAAUAAUAAAUUUGAAGGAUUUAUAAACGUUUCAAAAGAUCCAGUAGGUACCGUUGUUGCUAAGGAAAAUAUAGGAUUUAGAGGAUCAAUGCUUGAGUACUCUGAUUGGGUUAUUGGAAUUGCAAUUUAUACUGGUAAAGAGUGCUAUUAUUAUUAAGAUACAAAUUAACACUGGUUAUAAUUAAAAGACAAAAAACCACUUAGCUAUUUUAAUUUAAAAAAAGAAAAAUAUUUUACUCUCUACUUUUUUCUUUUUAUAUUUUGCUGUCUAAUAAGUGUCAUUCGAACUCAUUUAAAUACUUGUUUUGGAGAUUUACCAAAAAAUAACUCUUUAGGCGAGCCAAGCAUUGACUAAUAAAGCUUUUAUAUAGGAUUGGGAUAUUUCUGUGAUUACAUGCUAUUUCUUCCUUCAAUUUAUUAUUUUUUCUGUGACAUCACUGAGCUGAUUUUGGCUUUGGUAGCUAAUACAUCAUUUGAAAUUCAAUCAUAAGAACUGUUAAAAACUGAUAAUUAAUCCUAAUCUUAAAUUCCUCCUGUAAAUAUAAUAGAAAAAGAUUCAAAAAUAACAAUCUAUCUUGAAAAAAUUCGUAAAUUCUUUUAAGACGACAUUUACUUUCUCAAAAACUCUUCAAAGCCUAUUGAAGACCUUAGCUUGAUAACUGAUUGCUUUAUAGAUAAAACCGGUACUUUAACUAAAGGAAGGUCUUUCGAAAUAGAUAGAAUUACACUGUAGGAUACAUAAUAUAUAAUUAGUGAAAGCUUCAACGAUCCCAUUAAAAUUAAAAAGUUUGUUAGCAUAGACUAUACUGCAAAUGAACCAUCAUAUAAACAAAUUUCAAGAAAGGAAUCUAUGAGCUUAAAAAAAACUAAUAAAUAAAUAAUAACUGUAAUUACAAAUGAAGUUACAAGUGAGCAAAAUGAUAUUGCAGGUGAAGAAGGGGUUUUUCUCAGACAUAGUAUACCAUAAGCUAUUUUAGCUAAGUAGAAGAAAUAAGUAGAAACGAAAAAUAAUUAAGAAGAAAAAAGAGUAAAUUCAGAUUUUUUAGAAGAAAGAGAUAAAGAAGAGGAGGAAGACGAACAAAGAGAUAAGAUUAUAAUAGAGAGUUAAAAUGAAAAAGGAGUUUAGUAUUUUGAUUCACCUAUUAAAGUUAACGGAAAUGAUUUUAUGAAAUCCAACCAAAAGUUAAUAAAAUUUUAAGCAGGUUUUGAUGAUUAGAAUUUUAAAAUAGAAUCUAAAAGUAUAGAAGAAAGUUAAGAUAUUGGAGAUAUUAAAAUGAAUAGUAAACUAUAGAGUAUUAUCAACAGUAGCUAAAAUGUUAAUCAUGGUUAUUAAACAUAGAAAUUAAAAGAAUAUAAAACAUUGGAUAUGUCAAAAAGUUUAGAAACAGAUUAAUUCUUCUUUAAAAGAAAGUUGACUUCAGCGACAAAUUAAUUUAUUUUUACUGAGUAAAAUGAUUCCAGAUUCUAUGAAGAGAUACAAAGUAACUCCUCAAGCUAUUCCAAUCAAAAAGAAGCUAUUUUAGCAAUGAUAAUUUGUCAUAUUUCAAAAAGUACAGUAAAUAAAAAAACGACUAGUUUAUAUACAGACCAUUAAUCAAUUUAUGAUAGUCUCUUCAUUAGCUUUGCUAAUAGAUUCGAAUGCAAAUUUAGAUGUGUAUCCCACUUACUUGAUGGGAAUAUUGAAUACAUUUCUACACUAGGCAAAAAGAUAUAUUAACAUAAAUUUUUCAUCCCUUCUGUUUACAAUGAAAAAGGAAAUAGACUCUAGCUUUUAGUUCAGUGUGAAGACCUUUACUACAUUUAUGUGAGGGAAGAAAUAAAUAGCCUUCCUACUUAUAUCAGAAACAUAAAAUAAAUGAAAGAAAAAUAUUAAGGUCAUAUUCAAAACAUGACUGAAAAUGGAUAAAUUGGAAUUAUUUUUAGUAGAAAAUUGAUCACUUAAUCCUUGGCUAAGUAAAUGAUAAAGAAAUAUCAAGAUAUAAAGUAAAUCAUAGACUACUCUCAGCUCCAUAAAUUGACAGAGUAGAUUUAUAGAGAAUAACUUUAUGAAAUGGAUGUUGUUAGCAUGGUUUCAAUAAAAGAAAAGUUGAAUGAAGGAUCUUUAGAGUUAAUUUAAAACUUAAAAAAAUCAUAAAUAAAUAUUUGGAUGUUAACAGGAGACGACUAUAUAAGAGCAAUAACUACAGCCUAUAAUUCCCAAAUUAUUGAAAAAACUGAUAAAAAUGAAAUAAUUCACUUUAACUCAGUAGCUGAUGAAGAAAUCAACUAUCUAAUAUAAUCAUCUCUCUCAAAAGUGAAGCUUUCUUUAGAAUCUGAUGGUUAGUAAAUAUUCUCAAAACAAAAAGAAUUUAUAAGAUAAAUCACUGGAUCUCAGAAUGGCCAAAAACUUUAGGAAAAACAAUAAAUGAAAGCUAAUACUACAGCUUAAUCAAAGAAAUUCUACAUGGUAGUUAAUGGAGAAGCAUUAAAUAAAAUCCUAUCAACAUAGAAUUAUAAAGAUCACUUUAUGUUUUUGACCUUUUUCUGCGAGAGCUUUAUUGGAUACUCACUCUCUCCGUAGCAAAAAUCAGAUUUAGUUAUGAUUAAAAAGAGUUUUAAUUCAAAUAAAAUUUACACACUGGCUAUAGGUGAUGGGCUUAAUGAUAUAUAAAUGAUGAGAUAAGCUGAUUACUCGAUUCAAUAUAUGGAUUUAAAAUCAUAGAGCAUUUAGUAUUUUCAUGGAUUAUCUGAAAUAAGUGUGCAGAAAAUUGGAGAUAUUAAUAAACUCAUUUUUAUAAAUUCUAGAUAGAAAUCUAAAAACUUUGAAAAUUUGCUUUUAUUUACUUUCUACAGACAGACUUUAAUUUUUUCUUCAGUUUUCUUUUGGAAUUUUAUGCAGUGCUCAUUUGGUGAUUUGAUUUACAAUAAAAAUGAAAUACUUUUGAUUAAUACAAUUUGCUUUUUUAUAGACUUUCUCAUUAUUUACUUUUAAAAAGAUUACUAUAAUAAUAAAGAAAUACUGUAAUGUAUGGUAGAAGUCUAAAAAGAGCAUGCAAGUAAUAUAAGAGCGAGUUCAUUUUCGAUUGAAAAUAAUCAAAGACUUUAAAAUGCAUUUCAAAUUGAUGAUACUCUCUUGUAUAAACAAAAUAAAUAAAUUGUCACUUCAGAUGUUCUUAAGAAUUUCUUCUUAAAUAUCUUGCCUAUGGCUAUAAUGAGUGGCUUAAUUUUAUUUUGUUUGCCUUAUUACUCUCUGGGUUUAGUUAGUAAUGAACUUGGAAUAAUUUUUGAAAGAAAUGAAGUUAUUUAUAUAUUAAUAGUCAUGUUUGUUCUCAAAAUUCAAAUUGGUAUUUACAUAUUUUUUGAGCAUUAAAAAGUAAUAGGAUUGGGAUAGCUUGCUUAUGUUAUAAUUUUUGCAUUAGCUUACUAUUCAGCUAAUUAUUAUGAUCUAGAUUUGUACCAAUUCAUUAGUAUUAACUUGCUGCUUUCAUAUUCUUUGAUUUUACUACUUUCUGUGAUAAACUCUUUGGUAUAUAAGGUCUUUUUUCCUAUCAUUAAAAUGUAGAUACAGAGAAAUUUUAAAAAACAAGACUUGUCAGAAACUUCAAGCAUCCAAAAGGAAUAUGCUUUAGAGAGCUACUAUGAGUAAGAUAAAAGUGAGAUGAUUAAAGAUACCACUGAGCAGAUAUCUUAAAUGUCACCUGACAUGCAAUAAGGAAAUACAUCCAACUAAAAGCCCAUCGAAGAUAAUAACUUUUUAUCUCCAAAGUAAAGCAUUUACUCAUCUCCAUAGCAACUAAAGAGAAAAAGACUGAAUAUAGAAAUUCCUAAGCUAUACAAUAAUGGAUAUUUGAGCUCAAGAAGAAAUUCUAUUGAAAAUAAUUCAAACUUUAACUUCAUUAAAGCUCAUAAGGUUGAAAAUUCUUCAAGCAAUUCGCCAAGCAGAGAGUAGAUUAAUGGAUAAUUCAUUUUUUCAGAUAGAAGAAGCGAUUCAGUCAAUGAAUUUUAAAUUAACAGUGGAAAUGACUUUUUAGUUAAUUUAAAGUCUGUUAAUACAAAUAAUAAUGGCCAUAAUCUUACUAAUAUCCAAAAUCAAAAUCAAAAUGACAUAAUUGACUAAAAUUCUACAGAAAUAAACAAUAAAAGAUUUUCUCACCAAUCUGUCUAAGGAGAGCUAGAAAAAAAUACAAUUAAUUUGUAAGACAUUAACUUUAGCCUUCUACAAAGGAGAAAAUUUACUGAAGAAAGAUAGAAGUAAUUUGAAGAAAUGUCUACGCGAAAAGAUUCUUUGUUGAGAAAUGCUAAUAUGAAUAAGUUAGAAAUAAAAAAGACACACUCAGGCACUAAACUAGAAAAUUAAAAUGAAAGUUUUGACAAUUAAAUUAAGAGCGUAAACAAACACAUAGCUAGCCCAAAUAAUUUAAACAGCCCAAUGGUGAUACAAGAAAUUAAUAACAGUUUCUAGAAUGAAUAAAAGUCACAUAUUUCUUAAGGGUUAUCAAAUGUCAAAAACCUUCAUAGAAAAUCGAAGAUUCUAAUGUAAUAAAAUAAAAUAAAUAUUAAAACAAACUAGCGUAAUGCUAUCAGGUUGGCUCUAUAAAAUAAGUUCUUUUUCAAAGGUUAUGAAAUCAAUGAAAUAGUCCAGAUGGUAUUUCAAGGCAGAGACGCAGACAAGAUAGUCAUGGAGAUGAAUCCUAAAAACUACAAUGAUUAUUCUUAUAGAAUCAAGAAUAUUUUUUUCAAGUUCGACAAGGAAAGCGUUGAGAAGCAAUUUUAGAAGCAAGUGGCUAAAGAAUGGAUAUUUUUCAGUAGAAUAUCUACCCUUUUGUUUUCGAUUAUUUGUGAACUUGCUUUGGCCCAAUUCAUGAAUAGUAUAAAUCAUUACUCCUUCGGGUUUAAUACCUUGUCUGUAUGCUUCGGAAUUCAGUUUUUACUUUGGGGGUUCAUGUUUACUCCUAUUUACUAAGAUAGUUUUUUCCUAAUAAACACACUUUAACUGCUGGUAAGGGUUUUAUCUAGAGUAAUUCUCAUUUUUUAUGAUUUUGACUACAACAUCACUAUCCUUCAAGGGCUAUUUUACUCUUCAAUAAUUUAAUACAGUAUCGUUAUGAAUCCUCCAAUUUAACUAACAGCAUAGCUAUUCCUAAGUAUUACCUAAUGCAUUGUCUAUACUUUUCGCUAUUAAGACUCAAUAACUUCGGAUAGUUUAGAUUCCUAUUUAAACAUAUAUAUUAUUUUGCAAACAUAUUGCUUCUUUAUUUCUUUUACCUUAUUUAUCUUCUAUCAAAAUUGCACUUACUAAAUCGCGAUGAGGAAAAACUUCGAAAAAAUUAAUAAACUCUAGAAUGAAUCGAAGAAAAUGAACGAUGUACUUUCUAUCUUACUGCCUAAAUUCAUCAGAGAAAACAUCUAAGAAAAAGGUCUAAGCUAUUAGGAAGAUCAAGGAGAGGUUGCCAUUCUAUUCUGCGAUAUUUGCGAUUUCGAUUCUGUAAUUGAGUAGGAAAAAAAGAAUGUCAUAAAGUUGCUUGACAAAUUGUUCAGAAUCUAUGAUGAAUCAUGCAGCAACUACGGUUUAUAGAAAAUUGAAACUGUUGGCAAAACAUACAUGGCAGCAGGAGGUCUGAAGGGAAUUCCCCCAGUAAAAAAAUACCUAAUAAACAAUGAAAGAAUACAUCCAGUUACUAAUAGUGUUUUAAUGGCUUAUGAUAUGUAUGAAAAUGCGAAAAAAAUUACAUACGGAAAUAAAAGUGAUAAAUUAAACGUAAAAAUUGGAAUUCAUUACGGUAGAGUUAUGGCUGGUGUUAUAGGAGGACACAAACCUCAAUUUUCGCUUAUAGGAGAUACUGUAAAUAUGGCUUCUCGUGUUUGUAGCACUGGAGCGGCAGAUUCUGUAACCAUAUCAGCAGAAGCAAGAGCUUAAUGUUUUAAACAAAUCGAAUUCUUAAACAAAAAUUAGCAGUACUUCAAUUUAAAGUAUAAGAUUUUACUUGUAGAAAAAAAUGUUGAAGCAAAGGGAAAGGGAAUCAUACAAACUUUUUAGAUAGUCUUUUAAAGAGAUACUAAGAGACAUUUGAGCAGGUUUUACAAUAUAGAGCAAGAGAGAAAUAUUACUUCUUCUAAUACUUUGGAAUAAACAAAUAAUUGCUUAGCAGCUUCUACCAAUUUAACAAAUUAACAAGCUAAAUAAGAAUUUGAGUAGCAAUAGCAACAUUAACCAUAAAGAUUAGGAAAUUAUUCUAAAGUCAAUUCAGCUUUUCCUUCAUACUAAGAGUCAUAAUUCCAACUUGAAGCAGUUUCCCCUCUUAAAAAAGUAAAAAUAAAUAAAAACGAAAUACCAAAAAGAUUAAUUACUGAUGGAACAAAUAACACAGAAAAACAAGAAAAUAGUGGAAGACCAUAAUCUGUUUUUAAUAAUGCACAAGAUACAUAUUUGAGAAUUAUGGGGACUGACCUUGGGGUAGUUCCUAACAUUGAAUAUUAGUUUGAAAUAAAUAAUGAUUCAAUAGAUAUUGAACGUAUUUAAUAAAAUUUUAAUGAAAUAGAAAAUGAAUUGUCGACAAUUUAGCACAAUCACAAGCAAAUUGUGAAUUAAAUUAGCUUUGUAGACCUACUAGCGGGUAAGUAUAAUAACGAAUUUUGGAUAUUUUAAAUGGAGAAAAUUAUGAACAGUAAUCGUUCGAUGAAAUAAAGAGGCUAAAUUUUACUUAUCUUUGAAAUUGUGAAAUUAGUCAUGAUUAAUCUUAUGAAUUAAUACUUAGGUACUCAAGGUAGCACUAUCAGUUUAAUCCUUCACUUAGUUAGCAUAAUCAUGCUUAUUAUUUUGACAUUUGGUUACCAAAAAAUUAUCAAGCUUGGCGUGAAUUAUGUCAAGUUGUUUGUUUUUACAUCUUUUCUCUUAAUUAUUGGAGCCAUGGUAUAUGAAGGAUAUGCUUUUGUAAAGCAGGAAAAAAAUUAAUUUUUUACUGAAACUUAAACAUCUGCAGUGAUAAUAGUUUUUAGUAUGUUCCUCUCUAUCAAAUUUUACAGCAUUCUCGAGAAAAUAAUAUAUUCAAUCGCACUUAUACUCAUGUACUUGCUUUUCUCAUUUAACAACAACAUCGCUAAGAUCGAGUAUUGCUACACAACAAUAGCUAUAAUUUUAACUCAGCUUUUCAAUUCAUUCUAAUAGCUUGAAUUAAAUAUUACAAGUUUCUAGAACAGAAAGUAAUUAGAUGCCAAAGUUAGUGAAUAAAACAAACUUCUUUAAUAUUUAUUACCUUCACAUAUCAGAGAUAUGUUCUUGUAAAAUUAAGCAAAAACAAUAAAUUUAAUAGAUAAUUUCGAUAAUGUUACUAUUUUGUAUGCCGACAUCGCAGGAUUUACAAAAUAUUCAGCGAGCGUGAGACCAGAAAAUGUUGUUUUUAUGCUCAGAGAACUAUUUACUAAAUUUGACUAAAAAUGUUAGGAAAAUGAUGUUUUUAAAUUGUACACAAUUGGUGAUUGCUACGUAGUAAUGGGACUUGUAAACAUCGAAAAUAGAGACUAUGCUAAAGAAGCUCUAAAUGUCAUCAAAAUGGGUUUCUGUAUGAUUGAUAUUAUCCAGUAAGUAAGGGCUGUAGUAAAUUUCGAUGAGUUAGAGAUGAGAAUAGGAAUUCACACUGGAUCAAUAAUUGGAGGAGUAGUGGGAACGGGAGUAGUAAGAUAUGACAUUUAUGGACCAGAUGUGGUAAUUGCAAACAAGAUGGAGAGCAAUGGCGAGAGCGGUAGAGUGAUGAUCAGUGAAGCAACUUAUAAUCUAGUGAAUGAUGGGUACUAAUAAGAGUAUGAAUUUGAAUAGGCAAGACUUAUAAAAAUCCCUGCAUACAAUAGAGAAAUAUAAGGGUAUUUAGUCAAAAAGAUAUAAAGAGAGGAUUCGAAUUAUUCAUUUAAAUAUUUAUAAAAUGGUGAGGACAAAAAUAUCGAUUAAUGA